AUGACACCUACGACAAGUUUUUAAUUGCACCAAAUGCCGGAACCGCUAUUGCAUUGUCAUCCAAACCAGUUUAUAAAAAUCUUCCCAAGACAAUGUGCGGAUAAUUUUUGCUUCUCGGGUCAACCUUUCUAAUGGAAAUGUUUUUAAAACAGUUAUUUAUAUUGACUUUUGUAGUUUUUUUGGUUAGUUGCAGCCAGAAGAAAGAUGAGGAAAUAAAUUUAAAAGAAGUGCCAGGCUUGCUUAUUAUUGAAUCAUCUUCAAAGGAACCUCAGAGAAAAAAUAAUGAUUCUUCUCCACCUCCUCUAACAAUAAGAGACCCGGAACUAUCUACAGAAAUUAUAGAAAAAAAACUAACUAUUUAUCCUAAUAUAAAUUCAACAACAGAAGAUGAAUCUAGUAAUAAAGUGUUUUCAGCUCCGACCGAAUCACUAGAAUCUGCUGGGAAAAACUUUGAAAUUGAUAAUCGAAACAUCGCCGAUGUGCCUAUCAAUGACUGUCCUAUGGGACAAGGAAGAGAUCCUAGUGGAGAAUGUGUCGAUAUAUUUUAAUGAAAUUGUUUUUAUAGUUGUUAAGGCAAGUGAUUUUUCAAAAUUUUAAGGGGUUUUUCUGGGUAAUAAGUAAUAUACUUUAUCAUUAAAUGAGUAUAGCAUAAGUCUAAAAUUCUCCUCUAAAUUAUACUCAUUGCCAAACGGUAGAAAAUAAUAAAGGGUUGUUCAUUUCAA